CCCAGCCCCGCCCCCGGCGCAGCGCGCGCCUCAGUCGUCCCCGACGGGCACGGGGCGCGGCCGCCGCGUCUGAGGUCCGGGCUGAGCUCUGCGACGCCGUCGCCCCGCUGCGCUCCCGGACCUGAGGCGUAUGGAACCACAAGGUCUUUGUGACAAUGGAAACCAAAAAAUUAAUUGGUAAAUCGCUUCAACCAGCAAGACCUGUUCAUCAUCUGACUUCUUCCUCAGGAGCAGUGUUACCUUUCAAUUUUCAGAGUGAAUAUCCAUGCAACACCCAGUGCUUACAAAGUGGAAUUAGCAGAUGUAAGAUGAAUGGAAAACAAGCCUUUUCUCAAGGUCUUAAUGAAGAGCAGCAACAUCAGUCUCCAGUUAAAAAAGAGAGAAUUAAAUACAGCAGAGAUUUCCUACUGAAGCUCUCAAGUGUUUCCAUCUGCAGAAAAAAACCAGACUUUCUGCCUGAUCAUCCCAUUGUAGUCCAAACACUAGAAAACAACCAAAGUUUUAAGUAGUAUUUUAAGAACAGAUGAAUAUGAAGAUAAUGAAUUAUUUGUUUUAUAUUUUGAACACCAGCAAAUAAAGUGGACCUAGUAACAGUAACUGUAAUUGACUGUGACAAUUCAAUUUAUUUUAAGUUUUGAUGGUUGGCUAUUUGGCUUCUCCUAAAAUGAAAAAGAGCUAUUUUAAAGUAAAAGGAAUUUUCAAAUUAGCUUUGUAAAAACAGUUUGCUGCAAAACACUGUAAAAUAGGAAAUUUGGCUAGUGAGAAGAAUUUGAAGUGAGAAGACUUUAUAAUUUGCAUGUUACUUGCAAUUUUUUUGUUUUUCACAAGUUGUAAUAAUGGAAUAGAAAUGUAAAUUGUAAAGAUUCUCAAAUAUAAAGUAUUUGCUACAGUGUAGAUAAUUUCUCCUUGCUCUUAAAAGUUCCUUUUCUAAUUCGCACUGAUUGCACACUAGCUCUUGAGUGAAUCAUCAUGUUCUUUCUAGAGGUGUAGAGUGAUUCAAGAUACUCAAUACAUAGUUGUCAAUGAUAGUAGAAAGAAUUUUUAAAUAGGCAUUUCUUUGCAAAUAUAUGAUUGAUAGAUUUUUGAUAAUAACACUGAUCUUAAUAAUUACUAGAGGAGAUUGACAUUGUGAAAAAAUGUCAGUGAAAGAAACUGAAGUUGAAAAAUAGUUGGUAUUUCUGACAUUAAUCAGAUUAUGUCAACAUAAGUUGAGCAAUUGCAAAUUAAAAAUGAUUAUUUAUAAAAGAAAAAAAUUUAGGUAUGUGCAUAUAAUUGAGGUGCAUUAAGUUUCAAUUCUAUAGUUUCUUAUAACGAGAACAUAUGUAGAUAAAGAAGUUUGAGGUUCAAACUUUUAAUUCCUAGAAAUUUUAGGUCGUAAUCCUCCUGCAAGUUUUAACUGUGGGUGUUACUAUUAUAAAAGUAUUUUUUUUCAGCUUAGUGUAAAAAGUUGCUAUCAAAAAGAUAAGUAUAAACUCUCCCUAUUUCAUUCUUUUGGAUCCCUAGAUCUAUUGGAAAGAUAUUCAAGGUCAUUACUUGACACAAAGCUUAUUUUUCACUGAAUGUAAAGUCCUAAAACCAGUAUCUUUUUUUCUCAUUAUUUUUUGAGCUUGUUAUCUAGAUUCACCUUUUCAUCAGUGGAAGCUUUCUCAAGUUGCUCUUUUAGUGCCUUCUUUUUCCAUGCUGUGUUUCUCAGAAAACAGGAUUAUUUUUUUUAAAUACAGGGAAAACACUUCUAUUACCCGUGAAUUUCUUUACUAAAUAUUUUGAUUACUUUAAAAUGGGAUGUUUAUACUAAGGCUCAGUUUUUCAAUUAUCUGCCCUAAUAUUUUUCUUUUUCACUAUAGGUUCCAAUGUGUGUGUGUGUGUGUGUGUGUGUGUGUGUGUGUGUGUGUGUGUAUAAACACACA